UCGUCUCUGCCGAUGAAUUCAGGUUGCUGUUUUACCUUCUUCUGAUCUUAGCGCCUACAUUCUUAACUUUGUACAUAAUUUUAGAAUAAGUGUCUUCAUACUCGAUCGAUCACGCAAGGAAGUACGGAAGCACGAUCGUUUGACUUUGACCGUGAACAAUUCUCCCAAUUCAUUUUACCGACUAAUCCUCUUUGUUAUCGGCAGCUUAAACGUUUUCCGAAAUAUCGCUGUACUUUGUUCGGAGUAUUUUCUUCCGCCGUUUAUUUAUUUCAUAAUGAAGAAAGAACGCGUUAACGGCCAAGAUUUGGCUCAACAUAUUGGAGAGGAAGCGAUUCUACUCGGAGAAGUGAAGGAGAUAAAUCCUCUGGGAAAAAGCGUACAAUUAAGAGCUCCUGAUGAUACAAUAGUGAAUGUCACGCUUCCUACACCGAUCAAUGAAUACUGCGAUGGCUAUUUGGAAGUCUGGGGUACGAUUCAAUCCAAGUCGACGAUGAGCUGCUUUAGUUAUGUGUUCUUCCCUCGAACAAUGUUCAAGAAACAUGAAUAUAUAUUUUCUAGACGAGCAGCAAUACACAGAUCUUUUAACGGUACUUCAUGUAUUAGGCAACAAGAGGUGGAGAGUGUCUAGAAUGUCCGAAAGCUUCUAAGUGUAUUGCUUAUCCAUGUGAGAAAUAGAAUGUGCUAUACAGUAUUUCAUCAGGCUAUAACGUUUAAGAUAAUGUGUGACUUUAUUCAGUUACAUUAUUGAAUAAUUCAGGAACAUUGUGCACCUGAAAUGUUUCAAAUAAAAGUAUAUGCAAAAUGAACAUGAUGCUUGUUUUGUGUAUAAAAGUUUGAUUCCAGUUUAUACAAUUCCAACUCCUGUGUUGCAAGAAGCAUCCAAUGUGAAGCAUCUACAGGUACACGAUGUAACUGGACACUCUGCGUGUUGUCUAUAAAAUUAAAAUGCACAUACUAAUGUAAUUCCAAAAUUGUUCCACUUAUUACAUGCUUCUAAAAGAAUAAUUUUUACCGGAA